AUGCUGCUUGAUGUCAUCUCAGACCUACUUGCAGUCGAUGCACGAGUCUCUCACAGACAUGCGUUUGGCCGAGAAGGCAGAAGAGGUUCGUACUUCGGUGUCCAAGCAGGCCUAGAGCAAACUGUCUUUUCCCCAAUUGCCAGCCAGUGUAAACCCAAUGCUGACUGCAACUUUGAUUGUGUUAGAGGCCCUGCCAAAGGUUACGUUGAAGCACUUGAGAACCGCCUGAAAGAGACCGAACGAGUUCUCUGGAGGGUACUUUCGACCUCAAACUCCACCCUUGAUACCUUGGCGGAGGCAUUCUCUACUGAGCUCUCCCGUCAAAUACCAAGAAGCCUUGCGAUCAGCACUCUGGAGACAACCGAGGAGAAAAGGUCUGCCAUUGCCUAUUGGGAGCAGUUUCCCCUCCAGGGCCCGGAUGAAGUGUUGGCGUGGAAGCAAGAUCUGGACUCCCCCGCGCUUGUGGCAAUUCCAGAUUCACAUACUUUCGGAGACGGUGCAGCGUACAGGCCAUCAAGACAUACGUCAAUCGAACUCACUUCGAUCGAGGGCGACUUCAGUAGUGGCCUAUCGCAGAUGCAAGCGGAGCAAGCUGGAGAGCCAACGAGCUUUCGCAAUGACACUGCUUUGCAGCCAGCGGCCGGUCCCCCUCGGGUAAAGCGCAGGGCCGCUGUUCUGCGAGAGGAGUCCGCGACGAUCGAUUAUGCGAUGCAGCAUGUUCCCCCAAAGCCGUCAAAACCAAACCACGGCACAGCCACUAAGUUUGGCUUAUCACAAGAGUUCCAGGAUACGUUUUUGUGGUGAAGCAAAGACUUCAAUCGGACAAGUCGAGAUAGGUAGCUUGCAACCAUCUCGGAGCCGCGAAAUGCGUCUCCAGGCUUUCCUUUGGCCCCACUUCACCCUAGAAUCUGGUGACAUCCCAUGCGCUCAGGUCAUUCCAGUAAUCGAUACCAUUUGCCAUUGCCUCCCAGCUGAUGGUGCCAAACGAGCCGGCGUUAUUGGCGUACAAGUCAUCUGGGAUGGGGAAGCGGAGGUAAUCAGCGUUGUCGAGAUUCGGAAUCGAUGAUGUCCCGGCGCUGAAUACGGGGCCAAUGUACUCUAGACUUGGAAGUGUGGCAUCAUGGUCAAAGAAGGACCAGUCUCCCGUAUCAGUCUCCAAGCGUUGAGUCUGAC